GCAUUUGAGGCGGGUAUCCAGAACUGCCCCGGGGCCGGCUUGUUCCUGGAGCGAACAAAGCCUAGGGAGCUGAUUGCCUUAGUUUGUGGCCAUUCGCUUUUGUUUGGGUCUAAUGGUCUUAUUGUCUAAGGGUGGCUGCAGUUUCCCCGGUGUCUGGCAGGUAGUGUCUCUAGCAGGUUAAUUUUCCUGCACGGAGACAAAUACUUGGAGGUGGUAUGAGCCUGUCGUCACUCAGGUGUGUGCUCUGCCCCAACCCCUUAGCUCUGCUUGGGUGUUCAUCGAUCUGCUCCUACUGAUUGUAACGGGCAAUCUCUUGCUAGGUCAGUAGAGCCUUUUUUUUUUUGGCCUUUUUUUUUUGUGUGGGGGUGGCCUGAUCUGAAUAUACAGCCCCCUGCUGUCCUUGCUGUUUUAUAACGACCUUUUCAUUGUUCUGCGCCUAUCCGGGUCUGCCUGCUCCAUCGAGGGUGACUUUUUUUCUUUAAAAAAAAAAGUCUAAUCUAUGGUACAUCUCCAGGCCACUUCGUUUGUUUUAUCGGGGCCCUGCCUUGGCUCUUUCUUCUGGUUGGACGUGAGGAAACAACCUCCUGUUGGGUAAAAUAUACCUUGAUAUUGCACUGUUCUUAUGUGAAUGGGCCACACCCUUUUUUCCUUAAAGGGCCUCUGCACUAGGCUGCCAUGUGCUGCUCUGUCUCUGGCAGGCUGAGUGGGUCGGUGGGCAUAGGGUUGUAAUCCACCAAUUUCCCAAGUGCAGACUGGGAUGCCGGGGGGGAGAACGGGGGGCAGAGGCGCUGCUGCCACCAAGCGCUUUGAGGCCAGCGAAGAGGCAACUCAGAGAGAGGAGGAGCAGGAAGAUGAUGGUGAUGAAGAUCUGCGAGACGGUGGAGUUCCUUUCUUUGUGAACCGAGGAGGGCUACCCAUUGAUGAGCCCACCUGGGAGAGAAUGUGGAGACACGUGGCCAAGAUCCACCCUGAGGGAGAAACGGUGGCUCAAAGGAUUCGAGGAGCCACAGACCUACCCAAGAUUCCCAUACCAAGUGUGCCUGCGCUCCAGCCGUCCACCCCCAUUCCUGAGCGCCUGGAAGCCAUACAGCGCUACAUCAAGGAGCUUCAGUACAAUCAUACUGGGACGCAGUUCUUUGAAAUUAAGAAGAGCAGACCUCUGACCGGGCUAAUGGACCUGGCCAAAGAAAUGACCAAAGAGGCCCUGCCAAUCAAAUGCCUGGAAGCUGUGAUCCUGGGAAUUUACCUCACCAACAACAUGCCCACACUGGAGCGUUUCCCCAUCAGCUUCAAAACUCACUUCUCAGGGAACUACUUCCGCCACAUUGUGCUGGGGGUGAACUUUGGGGGCCGCUAUGGGGCACUGGGCAUCAGCCGGCGGGAGGAGCUCAUGUACAAGGCGCCCACCUUCCGCACACUGAGUGAGCUGAUCUUCAACUACGAGGAGGCAUACCACCGCUGCUGGCACGUCCUCAAAAAGGUGAAGCUGGGCCAUUGUGUGUCCCAUGACCCACACAGUGUGGAGCAGAUUGAGUGGAAGCACUCCAUUUUGGACGUGGAAAAGCUGGGCCGUGAGGACUUCCGCAAGGAGCUCGAGAGACAUGCCCGGGACAUGAGGCUAAAGAUCGGCAAAGGAACAGGGCCACCAUCUCCCACGAAGGAUAGGAAGAAAGAUGUGUCCUCCCCACAGCGGGGCCAGUCCAGUCCGCACCGCCACAACAGCCGUGGGGAGAGGCGGCUGUCUGGUGAGAAGAAGCCUGCCGAAUCCAAAGCCAUGCCAGACCUCAAUGGUUAUCAAAUCCGGGUGUGAAGAGAGGCACACCUUGUGUGCCUGGCUCCAUCGACUCCUCGCUGGCCACACUUGAAACCAGGAUCACCUGUAGCAAGCUCAACAUGGGGAAGGGGAAGUGGGAGUGGAGGGCUGGUCUUCCAAGGUACUUCUAUCAGGCCUAUCUCUGAGCUGUAUCCUGGGGCUCAGAUGAGUCACCUGCCUGUCUUGGGAAGAACACUUUUUAAUUCAACAAAACAAGUUUAUAAGAGAA